AUGCCCCAACCCGAUCGUAUUCUUUUAGUUGUUUCGAUUCUUGAAGGUCGAAAUUUUCCAAGUCAACCAUCAAGUCAAUUAACUGUUGAUGCAAAAUUUGAUGGUGAAAUUCUAACAACAGAUCCUGUUGAUUUCACGUCAACACCGGAUAUUAAUCAAGAAUUAGCUUGGGAACUUGAUAAAAAAACUUUUCAACAACAUAAAUUACAACGUAGUGUUAUUAAAUGUAAUGCAUAUGCAACAGCAUUGUCUGGACAACGUGAAAGUCUUGGCUAUUUUAUGAUUGAUAUUCGCCCAUUAAAUACAGCUCAAAAAAUUCGUUGGCAUCAUUUAUUACAAACUAAAUAUCCAAAAUUAAAAUCAGAAUUUAGUAUUUGUGCAUACAUUGAAGAUGAUCAAUCGACGAGAAGCGCAUCAGCAACAUCAAAAACUAGUAAAACACCAUCAACUACAGGCAUAUCAUCCGCUUCAUCAGCAAGUCGUUCAAAACAUCUUCAACCAGUUCUUCUUGAAGAUAAAGGUUAUUAUCAAUUAGGCGCUGAUGUUUCAUCAGCUGAAAUAUUUGGUUUAUCAAUAACAAUACGUUCCGCAAAAAAUCUCAUACAUCUUCUGCCGUCAAGUACUGCAUUAAAUACUCAACAUGGAUAUUGCUUUUAUUAUUCACUUUUUGGUAAUAAAGUAACAACAGAACAAUUUCAUGAUUUAAUUCAACCACAAUUCUAUCCUGAACGUGCUAGUGUCCGUAUCCGUUCAUCAAUUCAAUUACUUCGAUCUUAUUUUGAAACAAUGCGCCCGAUUGAAUUUAGUUUGCGGUCUGGAAAUGAUAUAAUAGGUCAAACACAUAUACCAUUACAUAAAAUUGUUAAACCAUUACAACAAAAAUCAGGAAUGGAGAGAUCAUUUGAUGAAUUAACAGAAGAAUUUCAUCUUCGACUUGCUCCAUCAAGUGGCAAUGAAAAAAUAAAACCUAGUGAAGAUGAAAAUUCACAAGCGACUGUUAAAGUUGAAAUUAAGUUAUCACGAGAAAUACCAAUAAGUGAACAAAAACCAAAUAAUGAUAAACAACAACGAUUAAAAUCAAAUAGUGCCAAUCAAAAUCUAACUUCAAAUACUUCAGUUGUUGACAAUGAACUUAGUAUUUCACAACACGUUCAACAAAUCUCUAUCAAUAACCAUGCUACAACAGAUGACCAUGUUUCGUCACCAAUUUUCCAUGGUACAAGUGAUCAACAUCUCUCUCAUCAUUAUUGUUUAUCAAUUGAUUUGAAAUCUCUUCGUAAUCUACGUUUGUCGCAUUCAACAUAUUUAUAUUGCCGUUAUGUUUAUCCAUUUCUUGGUACUUCAACACCAAUUUUAACUCAUCCGCCAUUACAUAUGCCAUAUACAUCAUCAACACCACCCAAUGAACACUUACUACCGCAUGGAUUGUGUAUAUUUAAUUUUGCUGUUGACACCGAACAGUUAACAUCCCAUUUUCAUCGUGAACCAUUGACUGUUGAAGUUUAUUGUCGUGAUCAAGACCGUAGUGAACGUAAAGACGAAUUAUUUGGUCUUGUUCGUUUACAAUUAGACAGUGUUUUAAAAGUUGAAAAGCAACGUUGUUCAUCCAAUGUUAAUGGAAUUCUCGGCUGGAGACAAACAUGGACUCAAACUUUACCCGUCAUUGGAGCUAACACUGAAAAAUCUGGCGAAUUAUUGGUUACAGUCAUACUGGAGGAUCUUGGCACACUUCAUCUGAAUUCUUCUACAACAUCUAGACCUCCAUCUGUUCCACCGCAUAAUCUACAUCUUGAUGCAGUUUUUCAACGUCCACAUGAUGAUGCACACUUGCAAGCAGCAUAUGAAUUACAAUUAUGGAAAGAAAGCAAAGAACUUGAAUUUGAAAAACAUCUACGUGAAGUCGAAGCAAAAAAACUAUACGAAUUAAUGGAAGCAUUUAAAGAAAAAGAUCGAGAGCGUGAAUCAUUACUACAAAAAAAGAUGAAAGAAUAUGGUGAAUUAGAGAAACAAAUGAAAAAAGCGUUAACAGAUAUUGAAAAACGAGAAAAACAUUUAAAUGUUAAAGAGCAAGAAAUUCAACGUAUGCAAGUUGAUUUAAAACGUGAUUAUGAUAAUAAAUAUAUAGAAAUACGUGAAGCAUCAAAACGUUUACAAGAACAGUCAGAACAUCACAUAACACUUGAAAAGAGCAAAAAUCAAGCACUCGAUGAUGAAAUCAUACGUUUAAAACGUUCCGUUGCUGAAUGGGAAAAACGUUAUCGUGAGAAAGAACAAGACUUUUUUUCUUAUAAAGAAAAACAACGUAGCGCACCAGAAAUUAAACUUCAAUCUGAAAUAAAUAUGCUCACACUUGAAAAAAAUGAACUUCAACGUAAAUUAGAUGCGUCAGUGAUAUCAGGUGAACGUUACAAACAACAAUGGCUUAAAGCAUUAAAAGAAUAUCAACGUCUUAAACAACGUGAACAGGAUCAAUCAAAAUUUCAACUUCAAAAGCAACAACAAGAACUAGAACAUAUGCGAUUAAGAUACUUAGCUGCUGAAGAAAGUGAAAUUAUGAAAAGUGAUCAUAAACAAUUAGAGAAUAUUAAAAAUGAAUUGAAUAAAUUAAAAGAAGUUUCAUCGACACCAACAGUGACUGGCACUCUUCAAUCGCAUGUAUCUGAUGAUAAUGAUCAUUUAGAGCAAGUUGAUCAACAGCUCGGUGUUUUAAUUGAACAUCGAGAUACAUUAUUACAAACAGGAACAUAUUCUCACAAUGAUGCUUUAAUUCAAGAACUUGAACGACGAAUACAAGAAGCAAUGAAACGCAAGAGUAGUGGUAGUCGUUAUCAGUAG